UCUAUGCAACUGCGGGACUGAUGGGGCGGGAGUGGAGCCUCCUCGCGCAGGCGCCCCUUAGCUUAUCCAGCUCUCUCCUCCCCUUUCCGCCUUUCGGGCGGUUGUUGUGAACGGCGGAGGCGGCCGCGGGUAGCUUGACUGUUUUUAGCCUUUCUACAAUGGCGACGCCAACAGAUCUGAGUAGCUCAGUCGAGCGUUGGAGGAGACGCUAUCUGACUGGAGAGGUGGGGCGGGAGCGAGCCAGGCGUCUUUGCGACUAUUCUUGGAAUGCAGCACAAGUUAAAUGUAAAAGUAGAAGGGCCUUAGUAUCUGCAGGUAAAUUGGACAGCUCACUUGAUGACACAAUUGCGUCAUUACUCAUGUGUUCCUCACCAUCAAAACACAGUAACUGUGGAAGAAAGCACAAUAAAAAACAUUUUUUGGACUCUUCAAAGAAUUUAAAAAACUCGAGUCGGACAGAUUAUGAGUUGGAUUCUCUAUAUGGUUCAAGACAGCUUGACAUAAAGCCAGAAUCCAUUGGAGAUUUUCUAGGAAGUAAUGAAAUUCAAAGGGGAGACACGUAUUCAGACACAGACAUUACUCUGCCAUCCAGUUUGACAGUGGCCACAUGUUGUUGUUAUGACAGUGGUGGUGACACAGUAACAGAGAGUGUAAGGAUUCCUGAAACCCAAGAGCUGAAUGGGAAAAACCUGAUACCAUCUCAUUUCAGUCAAAUCUAUCAUGAGUUAUCUAUCAUACAUCAAAAACUGCAGCAAGAAAAACUAACUCAGCAAGAAUAUUCUCUAAAACUUGAAAGACGUGAACAGUUCUUAGCUGAACGAGAGACCCUGCUUUGUAGACAUGAAGCUGCUUUGACCAAGAUAAGAGGCGUUGAGGAGGAAGUUCACACAAAAUUUCAAAUUAUGAAGGAGCAACAUGAAGCUGAAAUUCAGCAGUUGUCUGAAGCCUUGAAAGAAAAAACAAAGGAAAACAAAAGGCUUAAGUCAUCAUUUGAAACUUUAAAGGAAUUGAAUGACACCUUAAAAAAACAGUUAAAUGAUGUAAGUAAACAAAACAAGAAGCUGGAAGGCCAGUCUCAAAAAGUACAAGCUCGGUUAGAGAAUUUGCAGAGGAAGCAUGAAUUUUUGUCAGUACAGAAAUCUAAAGAAGCUUCCCACACAGCCCUGGAACGCAAGGCUAUCAAGCCAGAAAAAAUGAUAACAUCAAAAACUUCCAAAAUCCCACUUAAUGUACACAUCUAUGACCUUUUAACGGUAUUAAUGGACUGGAUGUCGGAUCAGCACCUCAGCAAAUUAAUUGCAGAGGAAGAGAGAGCUGCUGAAUGUCUUCUGACAGGCACGCUUGCUUCCAACAGAAGCUACACACAGGCGAAGUGUAUCAAGUUUUUGCCUCUAGUUGCUGAACAACUUCAGUGGAUGCCAUUUGUGAAUCCUAACUUGCACAUGCAUAUGAUUAAAUUUAUUUACUGGUCUAUAAGGCAGUUAGAUGGAGGGAUACAGUUUGCAACAAUGACAUCAACAAUGAGAAGACUGGGUGAAGACCUAUUUAAAGGGGUUGUGCCUAAGGGAAGUCAAUAUAUUUCUCCUUCUGAUCCCAAACCAAAGUCGGCAGCAUUCUUUAAAAGCUGCAGUUUACCUUUAAGAGUUGUAUCAACCUUAAUUAUAAUCAAAACAGUGACACAAGCUGAUUACCUGGCUCAAGCCUUUGAUUCACUUUGCAUGGAUCUGAAGACAGAUGAAGGGAAGGCUUUGUUUUUGGACUACCAAGCUGUGCCUAUUAUACUGAGUCAUAUAAGAAUAUCAAGUAAAGGUGUGCUUGCCAAUGCCAUUGACAGUUUACUUCAGAUGACAAUGGAAUCCAGGUUUUUGCAUCAGUUUCUGGAAGCUUGCAGUAAUGAGGCUUUUUUCCGUACUUGUUCAUUGUUGCUUCGAAACCCUAAGCUAGAUACUCAAAUACUGGAAAAACUCAGCAUACUGCUGCAAAAGCUCUCAAAAAUCAAGAGUAAUAAGAAGAUGUUUGAGCUGUUUACUCUUCACCUGAUGAUUCAAGAGCUACAGAGAACACAUCCAGAUCAUACUUUUUUAUGCAUUAACCUCAACUCGAUUCUCUUUAAUUUGGGUCUGACAAAAAGCAACCCCCUUACAAAUAGUCUAAAUGUGAGCCAGCAGUAGGUUGUAUUGGGGGUGGGGAAUGUCACAUUGGAUGUCCUCUCUUGUGCCAAUACAUGCUUCAGAAUAGGCCAACAGAGUCUUUCCAAGAAGAGUUUGCCAUUUAUAUUGAAAUGAAUAUUUGAUAUUUUUCCCCUUGAAAGAUUUUAUAAAUUUUACAAUGGUCAUGAUCCAAAGGGAUGUGCAUUCAACAGCACACACCACCUCUUCCCUUCCAAAAAAGCAAUCAGAGCCACUACAGCUGACAGGAAGCCUUGUGAGCAGCCCUCAAUCCAGCCAUGUGGAUAAGCAGUUCCUCAUCCAGAGACAGCCUUUGGGGCUGGAUCUUCCCUGCCUAUAAAGUUGUUUCUCCCUCUCUCACAGUUGAAAAACUCUCAGCGUUAAAUGUGAGGAUGUCCCAGAGGCUUCCGCGAUCAUUCAUCCUCUCAUUUAGAGUGCGUGGCAGAUGGAACGGAGGCCUGGAAGCAGAGGUCCAAGCGCUCCCCAGCUGGUUCCAGCAACACAAUGAGAAGACCUCUCGGAGGUUUCUGAUAUCACACAGGCCUCUUGGACAUCUUCUCACAGUGUGUGUGGGGAGUUGCCAGUAUCUAGAAAGAGCCUGUAAGUAAUGUUAGCCAUUCAAGAGGCAGCACUGCUCUUUGGUUUACCUUCCAGCUGCCCAACACUUCUAUCAGGAAGGACAGGUGGGGAACCUGUGGCCUUCUAGACCUUGUCAGACUCCAACUCCCAGCUUCUCUGGCCACUGGCCCUGCUGACUGGGGCUGAUGGGCGUCGGAAUCCAACAUCAUCUGGUGCUCCCCACCCCAUAAUAUAGGACUUAACUUCACAAAACUUGGGCAUGGCCCACUUAUAGACCAUUGCUUUAGUAGAGGAUGCACUAAUUCCUUCCACAAGUCAUUUCAGUAAGUUCUCCUCUUAUAGGAUUAUCGUUUAUUUUGUACAGGGAUUUUUAAAUGUUGGUGUGCUAAUUUGGGGGAGAUCUGAGUUAUUGAAGUCAAACUUGUAUUGAAGCCUUCUAUACAUUGGAUACCUCAUAGUUCAAGAGCAUCGUUACCAUAUUCACCUUUAUAUGUAUUAAUUGGCUAUUACUGUGCCGUGUUGAUACAUGAUUAUUCUGGAGUGUCUUAUUUGUAUUCAGCAUUUUAAUAU